GAUUACUUAGUAGAAACCAAGAAUCACACAAGAGUGGCAAGAGUGAAAUAUCUAGGAUUUACUUUGAAGGUAUGUGCCAAUUCGAAUGUACUACUUUUUGUCUCCUCUUUGAAGUCAUGUUUUGGUGCUUCCGAGGUCUGAAGCAAAGACAGAAAAUAUGUUCAAAAUGUGACGAUUCGUUCAUAAUUACUGGUCUCAUCGUCGUCCGCAAUCCCGUCAGUUCUUUGCGAAGGAGAGUUUGAAUUGGGUUCUACAAGAUCUUCAGUGCCCUGAUCCCGAUCCCGAUGGCAAAGAAGUGGGUUUUUGUCACCUCGUAAUCUUGUGCCAUUGACAGUUACAGAUGGUAUUUCGCAUUUCAUCGGUGGCGAUGAAACUUCUUUAAAGGUAGUAGAAUUUGUGAAAAUAUUUCCUUGAGGCUUGGUUCCGAUUGCAACACUGGCGUCGGCAGUUGCACCGUCACGAGAGAGGAGUGACUGAACCAAACGAUACGAAGUAGAAUUACCUCGUUGACCAACCCUUCGUGUUUCGAGCAUACCAAGGGAUUGGAACAAUUUGCACGAGUUCACGAAACUCUUUGUCGCGAUAUUCCUGUUAACAGCGUCGGCAAGUCUUGAUUUAUCGAUAUAACGACCGAUACCAAGACCGAGGAGUACGUCGAAUACAUCGAAUGUAGUUUGUUGAAUCUUCAGUUCCUUUGAAUAUCUACGAAGUAAGGCUUCAAUAUUGUUAGGGUUCAGCAUGAGAGAUUUUGGACAAUCCGAAAUCUGUACCAUCACUUCCCUAUUGCUCCUGAAAACUUGAAUACUUCCUUCUUCCUUUGCGACCUUAAAGGCUGUGGCCCAUGUCUUGGUAGAUGUGCACUUGUAUCCAGUUAGUUCACAGAGGCGAUCCUUUGGGAUUUGCGAAAUUCCCACACUUCUAAACUCUACCAAGACGUUCUCGAUCUUCUUUUGAGUAGAGCGAACUGUUUUAGGUGUCGCCGCAUUGCAUUUUCAUGUCAUGUUUCGUUGGAGUCGAGAGUUGAAGAUUAUACAUUUGAUUUUUGCAACAAAGCAAAGAGAGGAAAUUAUGUUUUACACCAAUGCAACGUCGGCGAAUGAGAUUUUUGGGCUGAAUGCAUGGUCCUUUCAUUGCCGUGUAUUGCCACCCCCAUAUCUUAGUUGUAUGUGAUCCUACUUACCUUUCGCGUUACAACCACCUGUGUUUGGCAUGACUUGAUUGGAUUCGAAUGGCGUUUCUGGGGCGUCUAUUUCUUCUGGCUUUCUUGGAGGUACUUAAUUCAAAACAAUUUAUGAGUUCUCGGCGACUUGCCAUUUUUUUCCUCGUACGAUUGAGGAACGGAAAAACUUGCAUGGGCACUAAAACAUUUGAGCAAACGUUUAUCUUUGAUUUUGUGGCGGGGCCGUUUCGUAUUCUGAUGCCAUCGCUACCGUGUGGAUGCUGCCCCAUGGUUUCACGAUACAUGAAAUCUGGGACGUCCAGUGUGUUGGCUGCAUCGAAUAUUUACAACCACAAUCUAUGUAGAAAGACAAUACUGUGAACCGUACAACAUCAAACCAUCGAAAAUUUUAUGAGUCACCACGAUCUGCCAAAUGCCGCACCACGCGCACAGCGGUUUCACACCGGCAGGAAACCAUUCUGGACAUGAUUCGUUCAUAUCAUAGUGGAUUGCCCAACUGGGUAGACUCGGUUCGACAGUGAUUAUUCUUGUCGCCUUGAGCUUCGGCACUUCUCACUGAAAAGGAAAGAACAAAAAGAGCUUCCUCGAAGGACUUGCUACUGGUGCGUGGGUCAUGGCGUGGCUAGGGCUAAAUGGUACUCGUACUCGUACGUACAAGUACGAAUAUGAGUACUACCUGGUACCCGUAAAUGUGUCAUGCACUGUGAGUCGUCGAAUCCAUCGAUGAUUCAUUCGAUCAUAAAAAUAAAAAAUCCGAACUGUUUGAUUUUAGUCUAAUGGGUCGAUAAUUUUUUUUUCGAUAUUCUCAUUUUACUUAUUGUUCCAUCUGAAACAUUUUGAAAACAAGCACGUCAGAAGGGAACAACACAUCACAAUUACAUUUACAUUACCGUACGUACCCUACUAGGCUAGGAGGACCAAUAAAAUUCCUACGUUACCGUAAAAAGUUUGUCUGUACUGUAUCAUACGACAUUGGAACAGCAGGCUCUCCAUCAAUCAGAGUGAUCAGAAAAGAAAGAAAACGUUUUUCCAACGAUCACUUCGUUAGUAUUCCAUAUGCUUGUGAAUAUUCUUCCGUUAUUGAAUUGAACACCGCUUACUCUCGCACUCGCUGAUAGCUCUAGCUUUUCUUCAACCUUUCUCGGCGUCGCUACGAAAGAUACCCAUCAUUUUAAAUUUUGAAAUUGCCAGGGAGGAUUCAUAUGGCAACGAAUUAGUCGUACAGAUUUUAUUGAAAGAGUACGCAAGGGAUACUAUACACGAUGGUGAUCGAUAGAAGAGGCUUGGCCCUUUUCGUGACCACGGCGUUGGCAACGACUUGCAACGCCUUUUCCUUUGGGGUCGCGCCUGGUGCUACUCGGAGGCAGCAGAGCAGCCUCAAGGCAUUCGCUUCGGACAGAGGGGAAAAUGCUGCGCAAUUCGAUCAUUUUACUGUUUCCGACGACUCGUCGUCGCCGUCGGUUUCUACUGGUACUUUUGGACAGGAGUCAACGACAAUUCCUCUCUCGCCUCCGCCCAUGGCUCGUCCCGCAGAAAGUAGCAACCUUGCUAGAGCUCAGUCCGCUCCCCCUCCUGCCGAUAUGGAAGGAGAGCCAGAGCCCGCCCAACCCCAACUAUCGGUAUGGGAAAGGCAAAAGGCCGCCGAAGUUCAGGGGGGUUCGUUAAGGACAUGGUCGUUCGCAGACCAACACAAAAUCGACAUGAUCCAAGUUCAUAUGAAAACAGACGGUCGUCCAAUGAAUGCGAAUGGUACGUAUUUCGUUAACGACGCUACUUUUUGGAUUGAACACUUUCCCUACGCAAUGUGUAUUUUAUUUUUUGUAAGCAAAAAAAUCUUCUUUCGUCAACUCAUGCUGAUAUUGUGCGAAUGACGAUUCAUUCGUAUUCCGACUCGAAAAAUUCAUCACGAAAAUAAUUGGGGAAAACUUAGUGGAGUUGUGGCAGGGACCCGACAAUGUUCCACAAAAGGUGGCAAUCUACUGCGAAGAUGGAUCCACUCGUCCAUUUAGAUGUUUCCUGGCGACGCCAUACACCGGGAAUUCAAUUUCGAUUCGCAACACUGGUUCACUAGAGUAUCCGCUGCAAGCUAUCUUGGAAGGGGGGAAAGUGGGAAUGAACGAUCCAGAAACGAAGGAAAAAAUGGAGCGCGUGCAAACAGCGAAGCCUAAAAUAUGUCAAGGAGGUGCAGUGAUCACAGAACGAUUUGAACCUGGUGUACAAUCCGCACAAAUCUUUUUACAGAGCGAGGGACGCCCCUUGCAGUGCAGGAUUGAAUUGAUCCAGGGACCCAACAAUGUCAAACAAGUCAUGGAAGUAUACACGGAAGAAGGAACUACACGUCCAUUUUACGCGAUCAUUCAGACACCGGGGUAUGGGACGGGUGUGAUCCGAAUCGUUAACACCUCUACAUUGGAAUUCCCCUUUUCCGUCACUGUGCAACCCUGGGAUGUUGGAUUUGCCGACGAUGAUUACGACGCCAGACCCACUGGUGGCAGUCCAUUUUUCGAAAUUUCAGGUGGAGCUGAGGGUAGGGGUAUCGGAAAUAGCAAUCUUCGUUCCGUAGGAAGCCCGACAGACAGUAUGGGUGGUAUGUUUGGAUCUUUUGGUCCUUCUUCUUCUUCUACCACUUCUCCGGCACCAUCGCCUGCUAAAGCAAAGGUAAAAAGAAACAUGAUUGCACCGAAGGAACAGCCUCCUUCUCUGGAACCUGAACCUGAGCCCUCGCCAAUCUUUUUGCAAAACGAAGAAUUUGCUGUGUCAUCAUCAAAGUCCUCUCUUUCACAAGAUCCAAUUUUAACUACUGUCGUUCCAGCUCCAAGGAGGAAGGCUGCUCCAAAAGCAUCACCGCCGCCACCAGAACCAGAACUCGAAACUGAAGUUGAAGCUCAACUCGAGGUCGAGGCCGAUCCUACACCUAUUGCCAAUGAUCCACCCCCAUCUCCCCCGAGACGCAAAGGCCCAGUACAAAAGAGAUAUGUACCUCCGCCAUCGCCUCCUCCACCUCCAAAGAAAUCUAUGGUCUUCUUGGACAUUGAUCCCGCUUAUAAAUAAGCAAGUCGUGUUCUUCAUAAUACGAAAAGUUUCGUUGCACGGCAACUGCGACAUGAGGAGGUUGUUCCAAUGCAUAAUACUGUAAUCCGAUAGAAAUGAACUCUGUACUGACAUUCAUAAUUAGAAUUAAGAGUUGACGAAUGCACAUAUGAAUGACUUCACUCUAGUUCAUUUACUCCUAAGGGGGUAGUAGUAAAUUUCAAUCCAAGUAUAGGCAAAUUCUGCAUUAUUGUUCAAUAUCGAUUAGUAGUACUUUAUGGGUUUGGCAUUGCGUUUCAAGAGAGAUUGUUGUGAUUAGAUAUAUAUCUGCAUUCUUUCUGACCUUUAUAGUCGAUCUACAAAGCCAUCGAAUCCGUCAUACACAACGGCAGCCAAUAGCGUCAAUUAGAAUAAAAAUGGCACCACAGCAGCAACAAAGAAAGUAAAAUAGCCCGAAAGGCGACCAACUCCACUGUCGUCCAUCUCGGUGUCUUCCAUGUGAUCAUGAUCGUGAUCGUGGUCGUUUCCGUGAUCCUUAUGCUUGUGGUCAUCUCCAUGAUCGUCUUCGGCAGGUGCAACUUUUUCGUCCUCUUUGUCUGUCCAAAAUUCGGCUUCACCAGUUUUCCAAUUUACAUUGAACCGAGCACGGUUUGCUCGACCGUGGUAUCCAACAUGGUAGUCAUUUGAAUUCCCCGCCCAGAUCAUCGAGUCCAUUCCGUCCAUGUUGAACUUUUGUCCAUUGAUACUAACAACUUCAAAAGUCAUCGAGGUUGCACAUUCGUUUGUAUGAACCUCCAUUGAGUUUUGCGCGGUGUUGAUUCCUGUUGGCUCAGACCAGUGGCGGAAGGCAGAACCAUGAGGGCUAAUUUUGUACUCCGAAACAAUUGAUCCUUCAGGGUCUGUUUUGGUUGCGAGUAAUGCAGAUUUUUGCUUUGCGAUUUCGAUAGAAAUCUCGUCGCUUCCAGCCGAAGUUAGCCCAGGAACUUCCAAUCCAAAUUGCGGGGUAUAGUUAGUCCCAGGCAGUGCCAUCAAGAUGUUCCCGCCAUUCAUGCCGUUGUGCUUUCCGUCGGGAUCGGCAAAACCUAAUGCCAACCAUCCGAAAACAUCGUUGAAGACAAGUCGACCGUUUACAAUUCCCUGUUCUUCGUCAACAACAGACCACUGAAGAAUAGUUCCGCUGUUCUUCUCUGUUGUCAAAUCGAAGGAAUGGUCGUAAGUGAUGCCAUCGGUAUCAGCAACAAAGGCGUCCCAAGUGGCAUUUGUGCAGAUAACUUCAUUCUUUUGGGCAAUUACAGGGUAGGGGGUCACUUCCUGAGUUGUGUUGCUGCACGCUGGCCAGAAGUCUCCGUGCCUUUCACCGGUUUGGAAUUGACCUCGUGGAUUGAUACACUUCAGCCCAAGAUUUUGUUCCUCGCACAUCUCUUCGGUGAUCUCGUAGUCCGACAACCCCAUGCAUCGGGCCCAGCAGAACAGAGUCCCCUUUUCACAAGCAGAAGGUUCGUUGUGGUUACUCGAGUGCUGUAGAGCUCUCAUGUUCGGUGAGGAACAUCCCAGACCGGCUGGAAUAUAGGCGUCAGGAGUUU